AUGUCGAAAAUUCUCCAAGUGAUGUCCAGCCGAUUACUCUAUUCUACUGUACAACGAUCAUUUACUAGGUCGUUCCAUGUUAGUUCUUCAGUAGCCAGCAAGUAUUUACGUAGCAGUUUAUUGGAUAACUCAACCUCUGUUUUUCGGCUACCACCACAAGCCCAAAAUUAUCAAUUCUUACCGAGACGUCUCCUCGCCUCUCAAAGUGAUGUGCAGGCAGUUGACUAUUUCAAUCGAGAAAUUGAACUGGAAUCCCAAGCAUUAUCAAAUCUCCCAACGAUAAAGAAUUUUAAAUGUGAAAUACAAGGGACUCGUGCAACUUUUUGUCGAGAGCUAAAUAACGAAAGUAUAACUGUUACUAUGGAUAUCAAUGAUAACGUGGAAUCAAAUAUACCGGAAUUUGAUCCUGACGAGAAUGUGGAUGAGGACGAUAUAGAUGGUGGAGAUAGGAUAUUUAUUCACUGCUCAAUCGAUACGGAGAGUACUCCAGAUACCCCGUUUUCUUUGAAUGAGAUUUACGUUCUUCCUAACGGUGUUGACGAAAAAAAUGCAUACUGUACCCGAGCUGAGAAUCAAGAUUCGGAAUUUUACGAGGUUAUAUAUAAUAGCUUGAGAGACCGAGGAAUAGAUCAUAAUUUUGGCCAACAGUUGAAGGAUUUUUGUGAUGUAUUGGAGCAUUCGGAGUAUUAUAAGUUUUUGCAAACUGUCCGUGAUUUCUUUAAAGCGGAAUAA